GGGGAAAUCUCGCGAGAGUGCGCGAGCGCGCCAGAAGGCGGUUGGUACCGCUUCGGCUUGCUUGCCUCCAUCCCUCAGGCCUCGUCGGCGGAUUUCCUUUUCCUUUCCCGCAGGACCGCCAUGUCUCGCUACCUGCGGCCUCCCAACACCUCGCUGUUCGUUCGCAACGUGGCUGACGACACCAGGUGCGUGUCUGAAGACUUGCGUCGUGAAUUUGGUCGUUAUGGUCCAAUAGUUGAUGUGUACGUACCUUUGGAUUUCUACACUCGCCGUCCAAGAGGAUUUGCUUAUGUUCAAUUUGAGGAUGUCCGUGAUGCUGAGGAUGCCUUUCAUAAUUUGGACCGGAAAUGGAUUUGUGGCCGUCAAAUAGAAAUCCAGUUUGCUCAAGGAGACCGGAAAACACCAAACCAAAUGAAAGCAAAAGAAGGAAGAAACGUAUACAGCUCUUCCCGUUACGAUGACUAUGACAGAUACAGGCGUUCUAGAAGCCGCAGUUACGAAAGGAGGAGGUCAAGAAGCCGUUCUUUUGACUACAGCUAUCGCAGAUCUUAUAGCCCUAGAAACAGUAGACCUGCUGGAAGACGCCGCCGUAGCAGAAGUCGUUCAGAUAAUGAUAGGCAUCUACGGUACCUUGGCUUUCAUCCUCAUUGACCCCAUUGUCCUAACAACAUCAUCAUUAAAGGAUAACUAGUCCCCGUGUAAUGUGUCCAGUAAUCCCCUGCCGUGCAGCUGAAAAACUGAGCAGCUAUUAUACAGCCGUGACUGCUGUGAAGUAUAGAUGAGCUACUUGAAUUAAGGAGGGAACAGUUUGCCUUCCCAACUUGGGCCAAGAUGGCCUGCUCACAGGAUAUUGUAACAUGGAAUUGGGUACUCAUUGAUAUUGCUGAAGUUACAGUUCUGGUAGUGUUAGAAUGGAGCAAAAAAAAAAAAAAGGCCAUCUGAAGAGCUUAUUGUGAAUUUUGUCAGGAAUACAGGUGCUUCCUUUUGACGAAUCUCUUAACCCUUUUAAGGAAAAAAUAUUCAUUUAAAUAAUUAGGUAAAUAUGAAUACAUUGUAUGCUGUGCAACAUAGGUUUUAGCAAUCAGUUGAUCACAGAUUGCUUAAGUUUCCUUACUAUAUAAUGUGCAGAUGAAACAUGAUAGAUCAGUGUCUGUAGUAAAUAGAACUAAACUUUGAUUAGGUUACUUGUGUAUUCAUGAAUAGCCCUGUCUCCAAGCAUAAUGAACAAUUUGAGGUCAUUCAUCAGGGCCUACCAUAGGUUGAACAAGACUGUUCAGGAAGAUUACAAAAAGAAUGCUCCGGUUGCAGUAUCAUGUGUCUUCUGAGUUCACACUGAAUGUGAAGAGCUGCUACUUUUCCUUUUGGCUUUAUAAAUGUGAAAAAUUGCCAUGGCAUAGCUGAAAUUGUUCUUGAGAGAGUACUCUGUUGUUUUAGGUUUUCUCUUGAAACAUGUAUGCCAAUAUCAAAACAUUUUACAGCCCUCUGCUUCUGUUCACUAGAAUUGAGUAUCCUGAAUUAUUAUGUUUCUGUAGAAAAUUUAAGUUUAAUUCACUUCAGCCAACCAUAUAAGAAUAAAGGUUGCUUUUUCAAUUCUGGUUGUGGGAAAUGCCUAAAGAAGGUUGAUUCUUGAAUCAUUGUGUAUUUGAUAGUAUUUCUAACCUUUGUUUCAUGUUAAAAGUUCGUGUUCCUGCUAUGCAAUCACUUACAUAUUGUGUUCUUUACUUUUUUGUAGACGUCUUCCUGCUGUAUAGUUGAAAACAAACUGUACAAUUGUAGCAUUUCUGUGCAGCUCUGGUCAGAAGAAAGUUGUGGAAAUAAACUUUGUAUUUCCUUUCUUA